CCACAGUAGGAUUGUCUCUAAACAGACUCAAGGUCAUACUACUGAGAAGAAAGCAAAUUAAUUUUCAUCGUGUUUUAAGAGUUCUCCCUUGUCAGAUGUGCAUGGAUCAUUUAAUCGCACUCAUUGGACUAUUCAUCAUUAUUCCAUGUCACAUUAAUGGACAAACAGAUUCGACAAGUCCAACAGCCAAUGCUGUUACUACUAAAGCACCGUACACCGGAUGCAAAACUUCAGAAACACAGUCGCCUCCCUCCGCUUAUUGUAAUGUAUAUUGUGGCGAUGAAAUACCCAACGUGAUCGGACAAGUUUGCCGCAGUCGCAAAAAGCGAUCAAAGACAGGUCUAACUUUGAGUGACAUCAGCAUAAAAAAGGACGAGGCGUCAAAGUUUCUGUACUUACCUCGCAACCGGAUCCUCACAAAGAGAUCACAAACUGACAUUGUCGUCGAAUGUUGCGACGAGAAGUGUGUUGUAGAGGAGAUAUUAGAAUACUGUUAAUACAUGUAGCAAACGGGUGGAGAAUUAAUAAAGGCCACAUAAUACACAA